UAAUGGGGGGAAGGUCCAUCUCAUUGGUUUCUGUGAUAGGGAAUCCAGAUACUCUCUCUAUAUUUCUUCAUCUUCUUUCUCUCUAUCUAUCUUGACCUCUACAUGUGACUGCUGUCUUUGACUAAGAGUGAAACCAAAACUAUUUGAACAAAACUAUUUAAUCGUCGUAGACGAGAGAAAGAAGCAGGAACACCCAAGACGUCUCUUCUUCUGCUGCAAGGAACUCUAGAUAGAUAUCCAACAUGGACACAUUCGGAGACAUCUUGAAGGUUGAAACAACCGGAGCGUCUGAAGAAACCGCGGUUGCAUACUAUGAUAGGAAUCUGCACAAAGGUGUAACGGCAUCGGAAAUAAUGGCUAAAGAAGAUUUGGAUAGUAUGAAAAAAUAUAAGACCAUCAUUAAGAAUGUGGCGGAAAGACGGCAUGUUAACCCAGCUCUCAUCGCUGGCAUCAUCUCCAGAGAGACCGAGGCCGGUUUCUCCAUCAAAAAUACUAAACCUCCUGGUUGGGGGGACAAGGGUAAUGCCUUUGGACUGAUGCAGAUUGAUAAGAGACAUUAUGACAUACCAAAACAUCACGGCUGGGACAGUGAGACGCACCUGGACUAUGCCACUCAGAUCCUGGUCACUUUCAUUGGACGGAUCAAGCGCAAGUUCCCCAGCUGGACCGCAGAAGAGCAGCUGAAGGGAGCACUCGCAGCCUACAACAAGGGAGACGGUGUUGUUCACUCCUAUAAAAAUGUGGACGAGAAUACCACAGGAAAAGACUACUCCAAUGAUGUCGUUGCCAGAGCCCAGUGGUACUGGGAUAAUCUUUUUAAGCCUUCUUCUUUCUGGCCAUGGUAGCGUUUAUGAGCAGAACACAGUGUUUAAAUGGAGGAAGAUCUAUCUAAUAUGUGUGUGUGAUAGGGAGUCCAGAUAUUGGACUCCCUAUCUGUUCUAUGGUUGUUCGAAUUAAAAUGACUGGACUAGGGAUGGGCAUGAUUAAUCGACGAUCGACUAAUUGAUCGUUAAGAAUUACGUCGAUUACAAGUUAGCACGGAGGUAUUUGUGCAUCACGGCAACGUCGGUCCCCUCAGAGCGGGUGUUUUCGGCGGCUGGACUGACGGUCACCAGGC